AUGAUUCUUUUUGACAAGGUUGCGCUGCCAGAGUACUUCACCAAUCUAUGGCAAUGGGAUGUCGAAUGGGAGGAGGACAAUCCCGAUUAUCGCUGCCUUCUUGGACGUGUUCACGUCGUGAAUGCUGCCAAAGUCCUUUUGUGGUUCGAACUUCUUGCAGUACCACUCUACAUUCUGUUCCUCUUCCCAUGGUGGAUUAUCUUCAUCGGACCUCAUCUUGUCAUAAUCAUUCUUACUUUGUACGCGUUGAAAAAAGAGAAGCAUAGAUGGAUGUGGCCGAUCAAUCUUUACGCGGUUUUUCAUACCACGAGGAAAUACUUUGAAGCCAAAGCUGAGGGAGCUGCAUUUCCUACAGAAGCGGAAACAGGAGUGGAGAAACUGAUGAGGCCAAUAUGA